AUGGUCGGGGUCACAGGCCAGGUUCAGCAGGUAGCAAGCAGCGUAGUACAGAGGGUCAGGCAGAGGGAUGGUCAGGGUCACAAGCCAGGGAUCAGAACAGGAGAAGUCAGCAGCAGUUCAGAUCAGGCAGGGUCAGCAAAGGAACAGAAACAGGAUGCAGGACAGAUACAGGGCCCAGGACAAACACAACACCAAGGCAGAGUCUGUGGGUCUGGCCAUCCCUUAAAUACCCCAGCAUAAUCAGUUCCAGGUGUUAGCUGGCUGCAAAGUUGAGUCUCUGAUUGCUGGGAGCACCCGCUGGCCAGCCCUGGUACUGCAGCUCAUAAGGCAGCUGAGGGCCAGUCCAUUCCUGACAGGUUUUCAACCGCCAAAGCGCUUUGAUCAUUUACAAGAAAUU